AUGCAUGUGUGCAUUGGACACAUUCUCUUUCCUCCCACGGCGUCGACUUCGCAUUUAUCUCGACUAAGCGGGGAUGGUGAUGAUGUUAGUGAUGUUGCGACGAGCAACCUUAAGCGCUUUAAGGGCGAGAGCUGGACAGCUGCCGUGAACGAAGCGAGGGACGUUGCGCCCUGUCGAAUCUCCGCCGAUUCCAUCGCAGCAGCCGUACGGCGGGCGUUGGAGCAGCAAUUGAAGCAGCAGACGACAAUCAAUGACAUACCAGACCCUGACGUCUAUGUGCAUGCAUUUGGCAAAGGUGCUUCCUUCUGCUUUGUACCGGGCAUUCUUACCCAGUCACUCACAGCGUCGGCAUUCACCACCAUAACAUCUCUAGAGGAAGUAACGGUGACCGACAUGGAGACGGCGGAGAGACUUCCUCGAAUCACUGAAGUCUCGUUGGUUUUGAAGCACGGAGAGGUUUGGAGUCGUCUGCCAGUCUACUGGGAGGAGCGGCAGGUAGUUGCGACCAACACCACCGCGACAGCAAUGGCGACGUCACAAAUGGCAGUGAAUGGUUGUGCUUUCUCUGCCUCUGGUGACGCAUCACAUGGGAUGGAAACGCUGAUGGGGAAACGCAUACUCGUUGUGGGUGCGGGAGGUAUCGGCUGCGAGUUACUAAAAGUUCUUGUCUUGUGCGGAUUUCGCAAUUUGGAUGUCAUUGACCUUGACACGAUUGAUGCCACAAACUUGAACCGUCAAUUUUUGUUUCAAAAGGAGGAUGUUGGCGCCUCCAAAGCGGAUACCGCAUGCAAGGUGUUAUUGAAUUGGUUUGCAUCGACCUCGCCAGAGCGGAGGGCGCUGAGCAUCCUUGCCCAUCACGCGGAUAUCAAGAGUGAGGCAUAUGAUGACGCCUUCUUUCGCCAAUUUGCCCUUGUGUUGAAUGCUCUUGAUAACGUCUCGGCGCGUCAGCAUGUGAAUCGCAUGUGCAUGCGCACAGGCGUCCCUCUUAUAGAGAGCGGCACGAUGGGGUACAAUGGGCAGGUGCAACCCAUUGUGCGCGGCCUGUAUGAGUGCUAUGACUGCCACCCGAAAGCGGCAACCCAACAGACGGUGGCAGUUUGCACCAUUCAUGCACGGCCCACGACCAUGGUGCACUGCGUGCACUACGCAAAAGAGUUGUACGAACGCCUCUUUGGUGACGAAAAGCGGGAAGAGAAGGAUGAGUUUGCCUUUGUUGAUGCUAUUCUCAUGCAACAGGAGGAAUCGCGAACACAGAUGAACUCCCGUGAUGGUGUUGCUGGCAUUUUUGGCAUGGCCGCUGCUCUGGCACGGUGUGUGUUUCACGACAAAAUUCAUGAGCUGCUCAGCAUGAAGUCUGUGUGGGCGACGCAGCCGCCGGUGCCAAUUCCGAAGGAUAUCAUUCAACGGAGCACCGAGCAGGUGACGGUGGAUGCCAUCAAAGGGAAUGCAGUCAACAUUUCACGGGAUACUCCGUUGUCCGUUGAGGAGACGGUAUCUCUCUUUAUUGACGCAUUUACACGUUGUGCGCGAUGUGGCACUCGGGGUGCUUUUCGUAAAGAGGAUGAUAACACGGUUGAUUUUGUGGCAGCAGUGGCAAACUUGCGUGCCACUGUUUUUCAUAUCUUUCCCCUCCAGUCCGUGGAGGAGAUCCGCAGUAUUGCGGGCGCCAUUGUACCAGCCAUUGCGACAACGAACGCCAUUGUGGCAGCUGUGGUGGUGCAGCAGGCGCUUUGUGUGCUUGGUAUGAAUGAAAGUGCAUCCUCCUUUGCGGUGCCACAGAUGGUGUACGUGCGACGCAUGCCACAGGUGCGACGCCGUCCUUUCCCAGAGGUCUGCGGUUGUAACGUUUUUCUCAUCAACAAUUCCAAUAAUCAAAGGAACACAAGUGGCGACAAUAUUCAUAGAGAGGGUGCGAGGAAAAAACGGUGGAUAACGGACCUGUUUCUCGUUCACAGUACGCCGCCUAACCCCCCAAGCAGGACGUGUCUCAUCUGCCGUGAGCGCUACCCAACUGUUCGGGUUUUUUUGGACGCCACUCGUACAACGCUUGGGCAGUUUGUCUGUAAUGUACUGCGGGAGCGUCUGUCGAUGACGGCGGCAUCUGUCUUCUGCGGUGCGAAAGUAUUAUACGAAGAGGGUGAGUACGAGGCGCUGGCAAUGACACCACUCGCAGAGCUGAUGACCGCGGACAACAAACUGCUGGAACUCUUUAUCGACAGCAUCGACCAUGAGGUGGAGUGGCGGCUCAUGGUGAACCACCGUGCUACGAUGCAGGAGUGUGAUGCAGUGGAACUGGAGGGAGUUGAUGCGGCAAUUCAGCUAGAGCGAACGCUUGCUGCGGAGUCCAAAAUUGCCGUUGCUGCUGAGGAUGCUGAUAAUGGUCGACUUCUUCCUUCCGGUACAACUGGCGCUCUUGAGACGGAUGACGACGGCGUUGCCGCCUCUGCUUCCGUAAACAAAAUGGCUACAGCUGCGGAGAAUGGGGCUGCGGUGGUUGUGGUGCCGUCGGACUCCGACGAGGAGGGUGUAGAUGUUGUGGAGGUUGAUUGA